AUGGAUUCCCUAAUGGAUGUGGACAAUGAAAAGGAUGACACCCAAGAUGCACCUCAGUCCCUGGGAAGCUUUCUGAGUCAGGGUUUAAAGCAGAUGUAUCUUGACAAGCAGUUCUGUGAUGCUACACUGGUGGUUGAAGGAAGGAGGUUUCCUUGUCACAGGAUGCUGUUGGCCUCAGUCAGCCCAUACUUCCGGGUCAUGUUCACCAGCUCCUUCAAAGAGUCCCAGGAUGGGGAAGUUUUGCUCAAGGCUAUAGCCCCCUCCAUCAUCCAAAGCAUGCUGAAUUAUCUCUAUUUAGAGGAGAUAUCACUUACUGCAGAGACUGCUGAAGAGUUGUUUAUCGCAUCCUGUAGGCUCCAGAUCCUCCCACUAGAGGAGAUCAUUAGCAGAUUCUUUGUGAAGAAUAUUUCCAUGGAGAACUGCCUUGGGAUUUAUGCACUGGCAUAUGCCCACAACCACAAAGAUCUGCUUCAUGCAGCAAUGCACCACAUUGGCUUUAAUUUUGGGUCCAUCUCUGAGGACUAUGAUUUCAUGUGCCUGGACCUCAGCACUUUGACCAGCAUCAUCUCCUCGGACGACCUUGUAGUGGCCUCUGAACUGGUUGUCUACCAGGCUGUGCGACGCUGGGUGACGUUUAAACCAGCCAAGCGCCUCCCAGUGCUUUCUAUGCUCAUGAGGCACGUACGCCUUCCUUUCCUGACCCGUGAAGCACUUGCAGAGAUCCAGGCAGACUCAGAACUUUAUGGGGAUGUUCCGAUGUGGUGGAAACAACUGGUUGGGGAAGAAAGGCUGUGGGAGAGUGGGGGACUGAGGCAGGGUAUAUAUGAUGAGUGUAUUGUGUGCAUGGAGCUGCAUAGGUACAGGAUUCAACAUGUGGAGAAUGACUAUUCAGAGUUUGACAUUGAUUCUGACUUGCUUUCUGGAAUGGAUUGUUUUGAUCCUUAUACAGGAAGGUGGAAAAAGCUGCCAGGUUUGAAAUGCCUGCGACAUCCUGCCAGCACAGCUGUGGAGCACAAGCUUUACCUGUCUGGAGGGAAACACCAAGAUGGCUCUUGUUCAGACACUCUUUAUGAAUACAAUUCUUUUACUGGCCAAUGGAUACAGCUCCCCUCCAUGUCUAUGCCCCGGGAUUCACAUGGCUUUCUAGCCUGUAACCUGAAACUGUAUGCUCUUGCGGGACGAAAUGACAGACACGGACUCACUUCUGCUGAGAGCUUUGACUUGGUGCAGAAGGCAUGGACUCCCAUCUCCAACUUGCCAUUUCGGCUGAUAUAUUUUGCUUCCACAGUGUUGAAGAAUAAGUUGUACCUAAUAGGUGGAGAAGCUUUGGCAGUAGUACCUAAGCUAGUUUAUAGUGGCAUUCUGAUCUAUGACAUUACCUUAGAUAUGUGGACUCAGAUGCCUCUGGAUUUUAAGUGCUAUGAAACAUCUGCUAUCUCUAUGAAUAAUGGGAUCUGUGUUAUUGGUGGGUUCUGUGAAGAAAAAGGUAGACAGCUGACUCCAAGAGGCACUACAGAAGUCUCCUUUCUGUCCAGUAGAAAAUGUUUUUUCCUCAACGAAGAUGGCAAAGUAUGUCAGGAAGUUGUAAUUCCAGAAUUACCAGAAACAUUUGCCUUUGCUGGUGUGGUUUGUUGGCAGAGGAGAAUCUACUUGAUGGGUGGUAUAAAUUGUUAUCAAUUAUGCAACAGGAUUUUCUACUGGGAACCAGGUGAUUCAAGCUGGACCGAGUGCCAGGAACAUGUUCCCAGUAUAGAGGGGUUUAUCAGAAUAUUUAAAUGUGUGACACUGAAGAUACCAAAAAAUAUACUCUACCCCUUCUCCAAGAAAUAUCUGUAA